AUGCCCAGCGGGCUACCUUCUACUAUGUUUGUCUGUAGAAAGUUCGGGUUAUAUUACAUGUUUUUAGAAUUAUGGCUUUCUGUAUGUCCAGAUGUAUUUUUGUAUUUAUUGAAGUUCUUUAAGGCAGGGAUGUUCGGUCCUAAGAUUUCAGUACCGGACUCGUGUAACAACGUUAUUAUCCCUCUUCCUCCCCCUGGCGGCGAAGACUUACUGUCCAAAGCUCCGGAAUCCGGAUACAAUUCGGACAAAAUCGAAAACAGCAGCCCGGAUUCGAAUAACCACAGAACGAACUCGCCGAGCAGGUUAAACCCGAACGACAGUGGCGUGCCUAGUCCCACGGCGCCAGGGAAAAUAUGCGCGCAGAGCGCGUCGCCCAACAGUCCAGAAAACAGUCCGGCUUCGAGCGAGACCAACGUCGAUAUGGGAAGUCCUAUCUUGGGGAAUAACAGCCCAGAUGAGGAGUAUGGCGAAUGCAAUAGUUCUUUCCAAAGACCAAUGUCAAGACUGGCUUUUGUAGAAACCCAUAAAAGUAUAGACCUUAAGGCGGAUUUAGAGAAACUUAGUUUAUUGAACGAUGGAGAUUCGACGAAAGUGAAUUCUUGUGAUAAUACUUGUGGUCAAAACGCAAAAGGAGCCUAUGCAUCUGAACCGACGGAGAUGAUGGACGAGGACGAUGACUCAGAAGAUUACCGAGAAUACUCCGGCACUCUGGCUCCGAGAUAUCAGUGCGAGGAAGGCGAGUGUUCGGUGGAGUCCUGUCUGAAUCAGUUCACCGAAUGCGAACUGAUGAUGGGACGAAACCAAGUCAGUUGUGAUAAUUGUACCAAGUGUUCUGAUAAAGUUCCUAAAGAGACGGUGUACAGAGACGCUUCGAAGCAAUUGCUCAUAUACAAUCCUCCGGCCGUACUCAUAUUGCACCUUAAGAGGUUUCAGGUUUACCGAUUUCGUUCGAUGAAAGUAAACAAAUUUGUGAAAUUCUCCACCAUGUUGGAUCUGGGUCCCUACUGCUCCAAGCGCGCGCAGAAUCUUCCAUCGUUCGAGCCCGACCAAACCAAGGUCCUCUACUCUCUUUACGGCGUAGUGGAACCUGGUAUCCGCAGCGGCCGCUACGUCUCACACGUCCAGGAAUUUAGAGGACCCCGCAUCGGCGAGGGCAACUCGAUGGAACUUCGUCCCCAAAACCAAAGGAAAAACCUGAAGAAAGCAUUGGAUAACUCGGCAGUUCGCGGAGAUGAGACGGUGGAACCACCCGCGGGCAAAUGGUACUACAUCAGCGAUUCGUUCGUGAACGAAUCAAGGUCAUACUUGCUUUCUGUUCUACGAAGGGCUGGUGUAGGUGUCCGCGACUGCGUCAUGCCAUAUUUUCGAUUAUUUUUUUUUAUUUAUUCUCUGAAAUAA